GAGCACAGCGGGCAAUAACCUGGUAGCAGAUUUCAGGAAAGCAAGAGGAAACUCCAGAGAAGCUGCAGCUUGUGUGGCUCUCAGGCUCAAAGCGCUCAGCCUUGGCAGCUGCUGUGAUGCAAACCCUCCUCCCCGUGCUGCUCAGGAGCAUUUGCCUGGAGCUGGGAACUGCACACGGCUGAGCUCAGAAGUUUUAAGCAUGGCUCUGAGAAAACUAAGGAGCUGGAGGUCAAAAACUUCUGCAGACCUGGGAGUUGGCACGUGUUCUAGGAGCCUUCUACUUUCCAAGCCCUUUAUCUCUGCUGAGCACGGAGCAGGCACAGCUGAAAGGCACUCGCACCUGGCAGGAUCUCUUUUUGGAUUCUACUGCUGUUAACUGGGCUCUGCAGACCUACUCGCAUCCACAGAGGAAAAUUCUUCGAAAGAGCAAGAUACCUUUCCAAGUGGGGAGUGGAAGGAGGCAGCUUCCCCCUCCUUCCCUGUUUGGGAGAAAGGAAUUGCUCGACCUGGUCAUGAGACUUUUCCAUACUUCCCCAAAGCAGGCUCCUGGAGUCAGGACAUUGCACCACUGAGAGCCUGGCGUGGGGUAGUCCAAAACAUCCCCCCCCCGCAGGACCUCCUGACUGCAGCCAGCUUGGUGGGCACAGAGGAUGGAGAAUGAGGUUGGCAAAUCUGUGGACAAUCAAAUGGACAAAUACAUAGUUACAAUAAUGGGGAAGUCAGAAAGUCAAAUGGAUAUUGUGGAAAAAUCAACUAAAUCUGGGAAGAAAUCCUGGAGCUUUGUGGCAAUCGGUCUGGCUGUCUUGCUGCUCCUCAUGACUUGUGCAGUGGUCGCCCUGGUAAUCCUGUAUGCCAGCAGCAGAGGCUCUCACUAUGGCACCAAUUCAGUCAACGUAUGUACCACACCUGGAUGCGUCACAGCAGCUGCGAGAAUAAUUCAGAAUAUGGACCCAACAGCUGACCCUUGCAAGGAUUUCUACCAGUAUGCCUGUGGGGGCUGGCUGAACCAGCACGUUAUCCCAGAAACCAGCUCCAGAUACAGCAUUUUUGACAUCCUGAGAGACGAGCUGGAGAUCGUCCUAAAAGGUGUGCUGGAGACUGCAGAGCAAGGGGACAGAGAAGCAUUUCGGAAAGCUAAAAUACUUUACAAGUCAUGCAUGAAUGAGAGUCUUAUAGAGCAACGAGAUUCAUUGCCCCUGCUAGAGGCCUUAAUGGUGGUUGGAGAUUGGCCAGUGGCUUCUGCAGACUGGAAUAAGACCAAAGAGCCCCAUUGGCGCAUGGAAGAAAAACUCUCCAUAAUGAACUCAAGAUUUAACAAACGCGUGCUUAUUGAUAUGUUUGUAUGGAAUGAUGACCAGGAUUCCAGCAGACACAUCAUUUACAUUGACCAGCCAAGUUUAGGGAUGCCAUCCAGGGACUACUACUUCAAUGGGGGCAACUAUCAAAGAGUGAGAGAAGCAUAUCUGCAGUUCAUGAUCACCAUUGCCAGAAUGAUCCGGGAAGACAGGAAUGUGUCUAAAAAUGAUUCUUUUGUCCAAGAAGAAAUGGAAAAGGUUAUGGAGCUUGAAACAGAGAUUGCAAAUGCAACUACCCCAGCAGAAGAAAGGCAUGAUGUAACCUUGUUGUACCACAAAAUGACCUUAAAAGAGCUACAGGAAAAGCUUGCACUGAAUGAAUUUAACUGGACCUUCUUCAUCCAAGGUGUCAUGUCUUCAGUAAGCGUUCAGGUUGACCCAGAAGAAGAAGUUGUUGUAUAUGGCAUGCCCUACCUGCAAGAGCUGAAAGCAAUUCUCUCCAAGUACUCAGCAAGCACCAUCCAGAACUACCUCAUUUGGCGACUGGUGAUUGAUCGAGUCAGCAGCUUGAGUCGGCGAUUCAAGGAUGCUCGGGCCAGCUACAGGAAGGCACUUUAUGGGACACCACUGGAAGAAGCCCGCUGGAGGGAGUGCGUGAGUUAUGUCAACAACAAUAUGGAGAACGCAGUGGGAGCGAUGUACGUCAGGGAGACAUUUGCUGGUGAGAGCAAGAGGAUGGUCCGAGAUUUAAUAGAUAAGAUUCGCGAAGUGUUCAUCGAGACUUUAGAUGAGUUACAGUGGAUGGAUGAGGCAUCCAAGGAGAAAGCUCGUGAGAAGGCAAUGGCAAUUAAAGAACAAAUUGGCUACCCAGAUUAUAUUUUGGAAGAUCAGAAUGAAAAACUGGAUCAGGAAUAUGCCAAUUUAAACUUCAGCGAACACAGUUACUUUGAAAACAUUCUGGAAAACCUGAGAGCUGGAGCCCAGAAGAGCUUGAGAAAACUUCGUGAGAGAGUUGACCAAGAUCUAUGGAUAAUCGGAGCUGCAGUGGUCAAUGCAUUCUAUUCCCCCAAUCGGAACCAGAUAGUUUUUCCUGCCGGGAUUCUACAGCCCCCCUUCUUCAGCAAACACCAGCCACAGGCCCUGAACUUUGGAGGGAUCGGGAUGGUUAUUGGGCAUGAAAUUACUCAUGGCUUUGAUGACAAUGGUAGGAACUUUGACAAAGACGGAAACAUGUUUGACUGGUGGAGCAAUUUCUCAGCUAUGCAUUUCAAGGAGCAGUCUCGCUGCAUGGUUUAUCAGUAUGGGAACUACACGUGGGAGCUGGCCGGGAGACAAAACGUCAGUGGACUAAGCACAUUAGGAGAAAACAUCGCCGACAACGGAGGAGUGCGGCAGGCUUACAAGGCAUACUUGAAAUGGCUGGAACGAGAAGGGACGGAGCCAAAGUUGCCUGGACUGAAUCUGUCCCAUAAACAGCUUUUCUUCCUCAACUUCGCCCAGGUUUGGUGUGGUUCCUACAGACCGGAGUACGCUAGCCAGUCCAUAAAGACAGAUGUUCACAGCCCUCUGAAGUACAGGGUGAUGGGAUCUCUGCAGAACUUCGAAGCGUUCUCAGAGGUGUUCCACUGUAAAAGAGGCACAGCCAUGCAUCCUGCGGGGAAAUGCAGAGUGUGGUAACCAAAAGCAGCGCUGGCGAGAAUCUCGUGACCAACAGUUCUUGCCAGUGACAUGCCCGAGGUUGUCCCACUCCGUCACAGCCAAGGCCAACGGUGCAGCUUCUGCAGGGAAAUGAAGGAACCGGCAGCCCUCAAGCUCCUGCAGUUCUGCCGGUGACUGACGGGCCGGGCUGACGGCCACGGCCUGCUCUAGGACAGAAAUGACUGUUCAAAUGACAUCCUGACUGUUAUUAAGACACCGCAUCAGGGUUACAAAGACUCGUUCUUAAAUAAAAACCAAAACCAACACACAACUGUAUACAUAUUUUUCAGAGAGGAACAAUAAUUUUAAUAUGUCUUACAACCAUGCCCUCUGAGAUCCAGCCGCCCUGUCUGAGCUCUUUCGCUGACCUGCUCUCCCACAUUCCAACUCCAUUUCUGCCACGUCCUCCCCACGUUCCGCCUAGAGCUAGCUUAGCCUCUCGAGCUGCCUGUACACUUGCACUUUGAUUGCUGCUUCGUUGUAAGAGUUGCUGUUUGUCUGGGUAUGUGACUGCUGUUCGGCCGCUGACCUAACACAGACCUUCGCUCUCCUCCUGCGCUUGAGCUCCUCUGCUCCAAAGAACAACUGUGACAUCGCCUUGAAGUCAGGCACUUCUAACACAUCUAGGAGCACGGAUUCUGUCGUUGUGGUUAAAAUUACAGGGUCCCUCCCUUCAGAGAUAUAUUUAAAACGAUACUUAUUCUUGUAGAAAGCAUGUCAGAUACUUUCUGCCAAAUAGCAAACGCGUGUCCAUGGAGACAAUUAAGUUGUUUUUAAUCCUGUGCCUUUCAUUUUGCCAUAGACUAUUUUGCAGUAUUUACACUGGAAAAUGUAACAAGUUAUUAAUUUUUAAUAAAAACCCAAUCACAGCAGCCAAUUCAACAAG